GGAGGCCAAGGUAAGAGGAUUCCUUGAUCCCAGGAGUUUGAGGUUGAUGUGAGCUAGGGUGACAAAAGGGAGACUGUCUCAAAAUAAUCAUCAUCAUCAUCAUCAUCAUCAUCAUCCACCUUAUACAGGUGAGGAAACCAAAGCUCAGAGCAGGUAAACGGCCUUCCCAAGGCUAUCUACAUAGCAGCAGCAGGAUGCAAAUGUAGCUUCUGCAGAGCCUGCUUCCUGCCUCGUCUGCGCAGGCCUUCCCUGGCAGGGCGGGCCUUAGAGUCAGCUGCCCAUGUCUCUGGUUCUGGCUGCCACAUCCCAGGUCUCAGAGAGCAGGGACCAUGCAGCUAUCUCCACACUCACAGCUGGUGUGCCUUCUUCAGGGGGAUGUGCACCCCUAGGCCCAAAGUCUUUCAAGUCAUAGGAUGUGGAAAGCAAUGAACAGUCUCUAGGUUUGUAAUAAUGAGAAGAAAGCUUCACAAGGCGCUUUUCUAAGUGCUCUCAUAGUUUACUCUUCAAAACAGCCUAUUAGGUAGGCCCUGUGAUUUUGCAUUUGAGGAAACUGAGGCACAGAGGGACUAUGUCACUUCCCCAAUAUCACCAGCUGAUAAUUAGCACAGUCAGGAGAACAAGCCAGACAGCUGGGCUCCAAAGUCUGGGCUCUGACCCCCUGGUUAUAUUACCCACCACCCCAUGUCUGGCAUUAGGGGGGAUCUCAGUAAACAUGUCUUGGGGUGAACACAGUCUGAGAGAGCAUUCCUGGCGGUUGGCUUUCCAAUCUCUGCUUGAGACUUUGGUUAUGGGGACUCGUCUUUGGGGCAGCGUGGUCUGUGAGGUUAUCCUGCAUCUACCUUGUGGAGGAGCCCCAGUGAGUGUUUGGCCACUGGCCUGUAGGAAGAUGGGAUACAGUGAGCCCCUCCACACCAGAGCUGCCACAGUGCUUACCCCACGGGCCCUUAGGAGGGAGGCGUCUGCUCCCCCUCCUUGGCAGAGCCCUCCCCACCUCAUGGGACUCACUGCCCACCGUGCUUCCUUCUUGCAGGGCACUUCAAGACCCACGCGGUCGUUGAGCACAGCCCAGCUUGUGCAGCCCUCUGGGGGCCUCCAGGCUUCUGUCAUCUCCAACAUCGUGCUGAUGAAGGGCCAGGCCAAGGGCCUGGGAUUCAGCAUCGUUGGGGGAAAGGACAGCAUUUAUGGUCCCAUUGGGAUUUACGUCAAAACCAUCUUUGCAGGGGGAGCAGCUGCAGCUGAUGGAAGGCUGCAAGAAGGUGAUGAAAUUCUGGAACUCAAUGGUGAAUCGAUAUCUGGACUAACACAUCAGGACGCUUUGCAGAAGUUCAAGCAAGCCAAAAAGGGGCUCCUCACUCUCACCGUGAGAACCCGCCUGAUGACACCCCCCUCCCUGUGCAGCCACCUGUCUCCCCCGCUGUGCCGCUCUCUGAGCUCCAGCACCUGCAUCACCAAGGAUGGUAGCUCCUUUGCCUUGGAAAGUCCUCUGGCUCCUGCCAGCACUACCAAGCCCAAUUACAGAAUCAUGGUGGAGGUUUCUCUGCAGAAAGAGGCUGGUGUGGGCCUGGGCAUCGGCCUGUGCAGUGUCCCCUACUUCCAGUGCGUCUCGGGCAUCUUCGUUCACACACUGUCGCCGGGGUCUGUGGCACAUCUGGACGGACGCCUUCGGUGUGGUGAUGAGAUCGUGGAAAUCAAUGACUCCCCAGUACACUGCAUGACACUCAACGACGUCUACGCGAUCCUGAGUCACUGUGAUCCUGGUCCAGUCCCCAUCACUGUUAGCCGACAUCCAGACCCACAGGUCUCUGAACAGCAACUCCAAGAAGCUGUGGCCCAGGCUGUGGAGAGUGUCAAGUUUGGAAAGGAGAGGCAUCAGUGGAGUCUGGAAGGGGUCAAGAGGCUGGAGAGCAGCUGGCACGGGCGGCCUACCGUGGAGAAGGAACGGGAGAAGAACUCAGCACCCCCACACCGCAGGGCUCAGAAGAUCAUGGUGCGCUCCAGCAGUGAUAGCAGCUACAUGUCCGGGUCCCCAGGGGGCAGUCCUGGCAGUGGUGGUGCUGGGCAGCAGUCUUCUGACCCGGAGGUCAGCACACACAGCCCCAGCCUGCCCCUGGGGCCAGGCCCAGGGGUGCUUCCAGAGGCUUCCUCCCAGCCGCCCCAGGAGAGCCCACCCCGCCCUGAGAGCCAGGAGGGCCACCCGCCACAGAGGCUGAAGAAAUCCUUUGAGAUUUUGGUCAGAAAGCCUACGUCCUCAAAGCCCAAGCCUCCACCCAGGAAAUACUUUAAAAGUGACAGUGACCCUCAGAAGAGUCUGGAAGAGAGAGAGAACUGUGUAAGCCCUUCCAAGCACACCCUGCCCACCUUCAGCCAGGAAGCCAGAGAGCUGCUGCCACUGUUGCCGCCACAGGAAGACAGUGGGGGAAGAGCCCCUCAGGUCACUGCCUGCUGCCCGGGACCUGGAAUUGGUGCCCAGACAACGUCCUCCACUGAGGGUGAGCCAGGCCAGAGGAGAGCCAGCCCAGCAACCCAAACAUCCACAGUAAGACACACGCUGCUGAAGAGGCAGCCUCGGAUGGACUAUAGCUUUGACGCCACAGCCGAAGAUCCUUGGGUUAGAAUUUCUGACUGCAUCAAAAACUUAUUUAGUCCCAUCAUGAGUGAGAACCACGGCCACAUGCCACUACAGCCCAAAGUCAGCCUGGGUGAAGAAGAUAGGACACAGGGACACCCAGAGGUGACCCUGCCAAAGCUGGAUGCAGCCAAUGGUGCCCCCAAAGUUUAUAAGUCAUCAGACAGCUGCAGUGGGAAAAAGGGUCCUCCUGUGGCCCCCAAGCCAGCCUGGUUUCGCCAGAGCUUGAAAGGUUUGAGGAAUCGUGCUCCAGACCCAAGAAGGCUGCCCAGUGGAGCCACGUCCGCCCAGCCAACACCCGCCUCCAGGGAGCCCCCGGGCCCCCACACGCAGGCCUCCUCCAUCAAGCAGAGAAUCAGCUCCUUUGAGACCUUUGGCUCCUCUCGACUGCCCGACAGAGGAACCCAGAGACUGGGCCUCCAGCCCUCAUCUGGGGUGGCAGGAAGAACUCCUAGUAAGCAAGAGGGAGCACGGUUUUCUGGCUUCUUGGGGCGAGGGGCUCCCCCUCCUCUUCAGCGCCAGCAGCCUGAGCAAGAGCAGCUACUGCAGGGGGCCCCUGCAGCUUUGGACGCCAGAGACCCUGGUGUGUCUGAGUCCCCUCCCUCAGGGCAGCAGCCCAGUAAGAAAGCCCCCCUCUCUGACCCAGACCCUCUCUUGAGGCUGCUGUCAACGCAGCUUGAGGACUCUCGAGCCCCCAUCCUCAAGAUGCCCAGCCAGAGAGCCCGAAGCUUUCCCCUGACCAGGUCCCAUUCCUGUGACACGAAGCUACUCGAUGAAAAGACCAGCAAACUCUACUCGAUCAGCAGCCAGGUGUCAUCAGCUGUCAUGAAGUCCUUGCUGUGCCUUCCCUCUUCGGUCUCCUGUGGCCAGACUCCCGGCGUCCCCAAGGACAGGAUGUCUCCAACACCAUCGUCCCACGAAGACUCAGCUGCAAACAACUCUGCCGAAAAUCCUGCCUCGGACACCGGGUUCUCACUCAACCUCUCCGCACUGAGAGAAUACACAGAGGGUCUCAGUGAGCCCAGGGAAGCUGACGACGGGGACCGCUGCUCUCCCCAGUCUGGCCAGUCUGUCAUCUCCCUGCUGAGCUCAGAGGAACUGAAAAAACUUAUCGAGGAAGUGAAGGUUCUGGAUGAAGCCACAUUAAAGCAACUAGACAGCAUUCAUGUCACCGUUUUACACAAGGAGGAAGGUGCUGGCCUUGGGUUCAGCCUCGCAGGAGGAGCGGAUCUGGAGAACAAAGUGGUUACGGUUCACAGGGUAUUUCCUGAUGGCCUGGCCUCCCAGGAAGGGACUAUUCAGAAGGGCAGCGAGGUUCUUUCCAUCAAUGGCAAGUCCCUCAAAGGGACCACGCACAGUGACGCCCUGGCCAUCCUGCACCAAGCUCGAGACCCCCGGCAAGCUGUGAUUGUCACCAGGAAGCCAGCUCUGGAGGCCACGCCUGGCCUGAACUCCUUCACGGACUCCACAGCAUCAGCCUCUGCAGCCAGUGACAUUUCUGUAAAAUCUAUGGAGGCCGCGAUCUGCACGGUGACACUGGAGAAGACAUCUGCAGGGCUGGGCUUCAGCCUGGAAGGAGGGAAGGGCUCUCUGCAUGGAGACAAGCCCCUCACCGUAAACAGGAUGUUCAAAGGAGCUGCCUCAGAACAGAGUGAGACAGUCCAGCCAGGAGAUGAAAUUCUGCACGUGGCUGGCACUGCCAUGCAGGGUCUCACACGGUUUGAAGCCUGGAACAUCAUCAAGGCAUUGCCUGAUGGACCUGUCACGCUUGUCAUUAGGAGGACAGGCCUCCAGUCCAAGGGGACCACUGCUGCUGGGGACUCUUAGGCAGAAAAAGCACC